AUUAUUUUAAAAAAACGUGUGAAGAAAAAAAAAAAAAAGACUUUUAAUAAAGAGAUUUAAAGUCGGUUAAAUUAACUCUAUAAAUUUCUUUCCUUCAUCAAGAAAACUUAAAACAGUUUAACAUAACCAAAAGAAUCCAAAAGAACUUGUCCAAAUCAAACUCAAAAGAAAAUAAAAGUCCCAUUUCUUCUUUCCACCGUUGUUCCAGUUCAGUGCAUCUAAAAACACCACCUCUCUUAAACCUCCUCUAAAUUCUCCCUCCCUCUCUUCCUGUCUUUCUCUCUCCUCUCCCAUUCCACGACAACAUCAAACCACCACAAAUCUCUCUCUCUCUAAAACUUUCUCUCUCUAGCUUUCUCUCUCAUCUUCUCGCUACUUCGAUGAAUUGAUCGUCAAUUCUCUGUCAUCCGAUCGCUCUUUGAAGGUGCAUCAAUGGCGGAAGAACUCGCCAAACUCGUCGAAGCUCUAUCGGCUCCGCAAAACGAUCUCUCUUUGAGACUUCGAACUUCUGGUUCACUUAAAUUAGGGUUGCACCACUUCUACUCUAUCCUCAAUUACGGCGUUGAAGCGAUCGAUGACGAUGAUUUUGAUAACAAGUUAGGUCUUCAGAGUUGGAGUCAUUCUCAGAUUCAUUCUGUUUGCUCUCUCGCUCUUUUGAUUGCUUCCGCCAAUCGAUCUCUUUCAGUUGAGCAUGUUGAGCCUGUGGUUUUUGCUACUUUACAUGAAUCAAUGGAGUUCGCUUUGUGCUGCUUGGAGAAAUCGAAGAUUAACAGUGAUGACUCGAGCUUGCAGAAUCUUGCAGUAAAGUUGCUGGAAACAGGAUUACUGGGUCAGAUUGAUAAUGAAUCUGAUUUAUCUCAGUCUGGCUUAGCCAAUUCCCUUGUGGAUGGCUUGCCUCUUGUCUCCUUUGAUGAUAAAGGUUCUCUGUCAGAAAAGCACACUCGGUGGAACUUGCAAGGUGAACAACCUGUUGAUCAGCUUGUUAUGACAUUAGUUUCAGACAUGCAAAUUAAAAAUGCCAUACAAUCGCCUACAGAUUCCUCUUUUUCCCAGGAUUUCAACAAGUUAGUGUCUUCUUCACAGCAGUGGGCUGUUCUUCGCUUAAGAUGCAUCCAUCGGCUCAUUAUAUAUUGUAAAGAACUUAUUCAGCUUCCAGAAACAUUGGAUGUUAAAAUGGCAGAUUUGAGCAUUUGCCGGAAAUUGUCUCUUUCAUUGAAUAUUCUGAAGUUACUCAGAAAUCUUGCACGGAGUGUCCCUUUUGUUGAACUGGACUCUGAAUUGCUGCAGAGUAUAGCUGAUUUUGCUGACAUGCUUCCUGGUUUGUUUAGACCAGGGAUUGAGUUUCUAAGUAUCAAUUUAACUUCUGAUAAUUACUAUGAAGGUGUUGUGCUUAAUAUCCUUGAAGAGUUUCUACAUUUGGUACAACUACUUAACUGCGGUAAGAGUGUCUUUCAAAAUGUUAGGGCAUUUCUACUGGCUUCUAUGUUUGAUCUUUUGGAUCUUAGUGUAUGGAGAUACAACAAGUCAGUCAAUAAUUUGAAACCUCCUUUGAUAUACUUCCCUCGCUGUGUUAUUUAUGUUGUCAAACUCAUUGGAGAUGUUAAAAAUCAAGUUAGUGAGAUGCAUGCAGUGAAGGAUUCUGGUGUGAACCUCUCACUUAGUAUCUCUGAUUCUGAGGCCAGAGGUGUUUGUCAUGUUCGGUCUGACAAAAUUAUGUUGGCAAAGAGUUACACGGUCGAGGAACUAUUGGAAAUCAUUUUUCCUAAAUCAGUUCAGUGGGUGGAUAAUCUAAUACAUCUUCUUUAUUUCUUGCACACCGAGGGAGGGAAAUUGCAACCAAAACUUGAGAAAUCUUGUUCUGGUGCAAAAACCAGCUCCAUUUCUGAUUUGGAGAACACUGGUUGCCAUGAUGAUGAAGCGCUCUUUGGGGAUCUCUUUUCUGAGGGUGGUCGUUCAGUUGGAUCAAAUGAUGGGUAUGAGCAAGCACCUUCUGUUAAUCCACUCACCGGGUUCUACAACACGAUAAUACAAGCUGCUGCAGAAUUAUCCAUUUUCCUCAGGUCCUGCAUAUUCUCUCCUGAAUGGGUUGCCCCUGUUUAUGAGGAUGCUUGCAAGAAGCUUAGCAAAUAUCAUAUUGAUUCUCUUCUGUCAAUGCUUGGCCCUCAAACAUCUUACUCUGAGGGGUUUGACAAUGAUACUGCUGUAAAUGAGCAUAGGAGGAUAGAGCAAAUUCAAGAUGUAUGCUUUGAGAUGCUCCACGGUUUGCUCAAGCGGCAUUCUCUCUCUGAUGUGCUGGAGGAUCACAUUGUCCUUAAAAUUUUGGAAGUCGAAAAUGGUUCUUUCGUUUACAAUGAUCAAACCCUUAUCUUGCUAGCUCAGACUUUAAUCUGCAGGGUUGGUUCAGCUGGCAGCCAUUUGAGGAUUAAGGUCUACCAGCAGUUUGUGAAUUUUGUUGUUGAAAAAGAAAAAGAUGUGCGUUCUAAUUGCCCUGAACUUAGGGAACUUCUCAUUACUCUGCCCAAUGUCUUCCACAUGGAGAUUAUUCUUUUGGCCUUCCAUCUGUCUUCUGAAAGUGAAAAGGUUGCCCUGGUAGACCUUAUCUUCUCCAAUAUAAAGAACUUUGCUUCCACUUCGCAAAGAUUGAGCAGUUCGCAGCUGUCAUGCUGGGCUUUGAUAGUUUCUCGAUUGAUUGUAAUUUUUCGACACAUGCUAUUGAAUAUGCAUGCUUGUCCAACAUCAUUUCUCAUGGAUUUCAGAUCCAAGCUGAAUGCAGCGCGAUUUGUUGGAUCCCAUUGUCACCAUCUCAAUGAUCCUGUGAUAUCGUGGUCCUCAUUGAUAGUCAAUAAUGUUAUGAAUUUGUUUAUUAAAGAAGAGCCUCUCCUUGGUAACCUGCUUAAUCACCUAAUUGAUUUUGAAUCUGUGCCAGCGAGGCUGUUUAGUUCUGAUGCUGCCCAUGUACAUUCGUCUUUGAGUUGGAAUGAUAUAUAUGUUGUCUUUUCACUGAUUUUGGAGUUCUGGAAGGGUAAGAAGGCUGCAAUUAUUGAGGAUUUGGUUCUUGAGAGGUACAUGUUUCUGCUUUGCUGGGAUAUGCCUGCUGCUGAGUUGUCCCCAAAUCAUCUGUCUUCUGUCUGGAGUGCCAAAUGCAACCUUGAUACAUCAAGUAUUGAACAUUUUUUUCUUUUUAGCCAUUUGCUGCUGGGACAGGGACACUAUGAUCUUGUGAAUAGGGAUGUGAACCUUGUAGAUAUUGUCAUUGGGUUGCUUCAACACUUGUGUUCUGUUUCCAUGCCCGAUGACAUUCUGGAGUUCGGUUGGGACUCGAUGAGAAGUGGGCAGUGGCUUUCCCUGGUUCUUUCUUUCCUUUAUGCAGGUUUUGGGAGCUACUGUGUUAAGAAUUCUGUCUCUGGAGCCAACUUUGUUUGGACACAAGAUGCAUCUGAUUCAGAUUUUGUUGCUUUUGCUCACGGCUUCAUCUCUGUGAUAUUGGAGACUAACAAGGUCCCAGUGAUACUGAAAAGCCUGUCUUCAUUGUUGGCAAAAUAUAUCAAAAUAUAUCAGAGGGCCUUCUUGUUCACUAUUAGUGAAAACCAGUCACAUGCCCAGAAUUGCUCUCCUCUUUUGCUUCUCAAACAUACUGAAUUCGACGAGCUCAUGAAGGAUGAGAUUUUGGUGAAAAACGGUCUUGUUCAUGUGGGGCUGGAGUCUGUUUGUGACCUCCUUCCAAAAAUUGACAAUGUCAUCAGCAAGAGGGCCUCUCACAUACUGUGUGUUAUAUCUUCUGAAAGCAUGCUCCAUGGUUUCCCUGCACACCCUCAAGCCUCUAGUGGUGCUCUUGUUUCCUCUGUUCUCAGUAUCAGAGGAAUACUUUGUCUUUUUGAUUUGCUCUUCAAAAUCAGAGGUACAAGGGGAGAAAUUUCUGUGGAGACUGACGUGCUUCAUGAAAUUCUUGGUUCGGUGAUGACAGUAAAAUAUGACAGGGUUUUACAGAACUUGAGUGGCAAGUGUGAAGAUAUAUGCCGUGGGUGUACUGGUGCAGAAGGGCCGGAUUAUAGCUUGUUGUUCCUGAUGAAGCAAAUUGAAGGAUUUCUUUUGGAUAUUAAUAUCAGAGGAAAUGUUAACCAUGUUAAGGUUGAACAGCUAGUUGUCAAAGCCAUUGAUAUGAUGGAAAGUCUACAGCGAGAUUCCCUUGGGAUCAAUGUUUUCAGAUUUUAUCUUGGUGCUGAAGAUGUUCCUCAACAGGUUGUUGACCUUUAUGGUUCACAGCGUGGUGAUUUGCUUAUUCUGAUUGACUCUCUGGAUACUUGCUACUCUGAGUCAGUUAAUGCAAAGGUUCUCAAUUUCUUUAUUGAUGUGUUAUCGGGGGAGCUGGGUGUUUAUGUGAAACAGAGGAUACAAAAGAAAUUCCUUGGGGUGGAUCUAAGCUGUCUGUCCAAGUGGUUUGAAAAGAGGUUGUUGAGUUUUCCUACAGAAGAUUCUUGUAGUCUUUCAUCAGUUACAUGUGCUAAAGGAAGUUCAAUGACCCUCAGAGAAUCAACCAUGAGCUUCAUUUUGUGCCUUGUAUCUCCUGAUGACUCGCUUUCAAGAGAAUUAUACAACCAUUUGUUUAACGCUUUGCUGCUUUCGUUGGAGUCAGCAUUUAAAAUAUAUGAUAUUCAUGCUGCAAAAUCUUAUUUUGGUUUUGUGACCCAACUUAUAAGAGACGAAGCAUCAAUGAAAUUACUGCUGCAGAGUAGUCUCUCUUUGAUGGAGAAACUGGUUGUUGAUGAAAGUAAGCUACAGGGGCUGAAAUUCCUUUUCAGUUUCUUUGAGACUAUCUUGAAUGAAUCUGGAUCUUUAACAACUAUGCCAACUAAAAGUACUGGGAAAUCUUUGUCUGGAAGCAGUCAUGGGCUGGGAUCUAUAGCUAGUAGACCAGCUAGUUCUAGAAAAAAUUCUGAGAGUUUGAUUCUAAGUGCCAAUCAGGAUGGUAGUUCAGUGCCUUUUGAGUGUGAUGCAGCAUCUAUUGACGAAGAUGAGGAUGAUGGAACCUCUGAUGGGGAGGCAGCUAGCAUAGACAAGGAAGAUGAAGAGGAUUCUAGUAGUGAACGAGCCCUUGCUUCCAAAGUUUGCACAUUUACUUCUAGUGGCAGCAAUUUCAUGGAACAACAUUGGUAUUUCUGCUAUACGUGUGAUCUAACUGUGUCUAAAGGCUGUUGUUCUGUUUGUGCAAAAGUAUGUCACCGUGGUCAUCGUGUUGUGUACUCACGUUCCAGUCGUUUUUUCUGUGAUUGUGGAGCUGGGGGUGUUAGAGGGAGUACUUGCCAGUGUUUGAAGCCAAGGAAAUUUACUGGAACUGAAGCUGCACCAGCUAGGGGUGCUGGCAAUUUCCAACCGUUAUUGCCUUUCUCAGAGGAUGGAGAUCAAUUGCCAGAUAGUGAUUCAGAUCCUGAUGAAGAUGUUUUUAUUGAAGCGGAUAACUCUCUGAGGCUUUCGGUUCCCAAUGACAUCCAAGGUGCAAUUCCCCGCCUUUAUGAAGAACUUGACCUUGAGGCGCAGGUGCUUAAAAUUUGCAAUUCGCUUCUUCCUUCCAUCACAAGGAGAAGGGAUGGCAACCUUUCGAGGGAUAAAAGUCUGGUCUUAGGAGAAGAUAAAGUACUAUUAUAUGGAUCUGACCUUCUGCAGCUGAAGAAAGCUUACAAAAGCGGUUCCUUAGAUCUAAAGAUUAAAGCAGACUACUCCAAUGCAAAGGAACUUCGAUCACUUCUUUCUAGUGGUUCUCUUAUGAAAUCCUUGCUCAGUGUGAGCAGUCGUGGUAGGCUUGCUGUGGGGGAAGGUGACAAAGUUGCUAUAUUUGAUGUUGGACAGCUGAUUGGACAGGCCACCGUUGCACCUGUGACGGCUGACAAGACUAAUGUCAAGCCUCUCUCCAAGAAUGUAGUUCGCUUUGAAAUUGUACAUCUUGCUUUUAACCCCUUGGUUGAGAAUUAUCUAGCUGUAGCUGGGUAUGAAGACUGCCAGGUCUUCACUGUUAGUCCUCGGGGUGAAGUGACAGAUCGUCUUGCCAUUGAACUAGCUCUUCAGGGUGCUUAUAUCAGGCGGGUUGAAUGGGUCCCGGGCUCUCAAGUGCAACUAAUGGUGGUCACUAAUAGGUUUGUUAAGAUUUAUGAUCUUUCACAGGACAAUAUCAGCCCUUUGCAUUACUUCACGUUGGCGGAUCAAAUGAUCACGGAUGGUGUGCUGUCUGUGGCAUCUCAGGGUAAGGUGUAUCUCAUCGUGCUUUCAGAACUGGGAAGUUUGUUCAAGCUUGAGCUGUCAACUGAAGUUAACGUGGGGACCAAACAACUAAAUGAAAAGGUUGAGAUUCCCAAUAGAGAUGUCAAUGUCAAAGGGUCGUCAUUGUACUUCUCAUCUACCUAUAAGUUACUUUUUGUAUCAUAUCAGGAUGGAAGUACGUUUAUUGGUCGGCUGAACUCUGAUGCGAGCUCUUUAACUGAGAUUUCUGCUGUAUAUGAGGAUGAACAAGAUGACAAGCGGCGACCUGCUGGGUUACAUCAUUGGAAGGAAUUGGUUUCUGGUAGUGGAUUAUUUGUAUGCUUUUCAAGUUGGAGGGCAAAUUCUGCAUUUGCUUUGUCCAUAGGGGCUAAGGAUAUUUACGCUCAGAAUGUACGACAUGCAGUUGGUUCAAAUUCACCUGUGGUUGGUGCAACUGCAUAUAAACCUAUAUCCAAAGACAAGUUUCAUUCUCUUGUCCUGCAUGAUGAUGGCAGCCUUCAGAUAUUUUCACAUGUUCAAUCUGGAACUGAUUUCGGGUCAACUGCGACAUCUGAGAAAGUUAAAAAAUUGGGUCCAACCAUCCUUAGUAAUAAGGCUUACUCUGGUGUAAAUCCUGAAUUUCCUCUUGAUUUUUUUGAGAAAACUGUGUGCAUCACUUCUGAUGUGAAACUGGGUGGUGAUGCUGUCAGAAAUGGUGAUUCUGAAGGAGCUAAGCAGAGCUUAGCAUCUGAGGAUGGGUUUCUUGAAAGCCCCAACCCUUCUGGAUUUAAGAUUACAGUGUCAAAUUCAAACCCUGACAUAGUAAUGGUUGGCAUCCGUGUACAUGUUGGAAACACCUCAGCAAAUCACAUCCCUUCUGAUUUGACCAUUUUUCAGAGGGUGAUUAAAUUUGAUGAAGGCAUGCGGUGUUGGUAUGACAUUCCAUUUACUGUUGCUGAGUCUCUCCUUGCUGAUGAGGAAUUCACGGUCUCUGUUGGACCUACUUUUAAUGGCUCUGCAUUGCCUAGAAUAGAUUCACUGGAGGUUUAUGGACGCCCAAAAGAUGAGUUUGGUUGGAAAGAGAAAAUGGAUGCAGUUCUUGAUAUGGAAGCCCGUGUACUUGGAAGUAAUUCAUGGGCUACGUCUUCUAGGAAAAAAAUUCGUUCUAUGCAGUCUGCACCUCCUGAGGAACAAGUACUAGCAGACGGGUUUAAACUUCUAUCUAAGUUGUAUUUGUUGUGCAAGCCUCUGGGGUGCACCAAUGUUGAAGAUGUGAAACCAGAAUUAAGCUUGCUCAAGUGCAAGCAGCUGCUAGAAACAAUUUUCGAAAGUGACCGGGAGCUAUUACUGCAGUCUUCUGCAUGCCGUAUCUUGCAGGCUUUAUUCCCAAAAAGAGAAGACUACUACCAAGUUAAGGAUAGUAUGCGCCUUCUCGGAGUGGUAAAAUCUGCUGCUUUGCUAUUGUCAAGGUUGGGGGUUGGUGGUUCUACGUCUGCAUGGAUCAUUGAGGAGUUUACUGCUCAGAUGCGUGCUGUAUCUAAGAUUGCUCUACAUCGAAGGGCAAAUUUGGCUGCUUUUCUUGAGACAAAUGGUUCUGAAGUAGUAGAUGGUCUUAUGCAAGUCUUGUGGGGAAUUUUGGAGAUAGAGCAGCCAGACACGCAGACCAUGAAUAAUAUUGUUAUAUCUUCUGUGGAACUCAUUUAUUGUUAUGCGGAAUGUUUGGCUUUACAUGGGAAGGAGGCAGGUGGACAUUCUGUUUCUGCUGCAGUUUUGUUGUUAAAGAAGCUCUUAGUUUCUCCAAAUGAGGCUGUCCAAACAGCAAGCAGCCUGGCAAUUUCUUCAAGAUUGCUCCAGGUUCCAUUUCCAAAACAAACUAUGUUGGCUACUGAUGAUACGCCAGACAAUGCUACUUCUGCAUCUGCUCAUCCUAGUGCAGUAACUGCAUCUGGAGGCAAUGCACAGGUUAUGAUGGAAGAAGAUUCUAUCACAUCCUCGGUACAAUAUUGUUGUGAUGGUUGCUCCACUGUCCCUAUAUUAAGGAGAAGAUGGCAUUGCACCAUUUGUCCUGAUUUUGAUUUAUGCGAAGCAUGCUAUGAAGUGCUUGAUUCUGAUCGGCUUCCUCCACCACAUUCCCGAGAUCAUCCAAUGACGGCAAUCCCAAUUGAGGUGGAGACAUUAGGUGGAGAAGGCAAUGAAAUCCAUUUUCCAGCUGAUGAGCUAAGUGAUUCAAGCAUUUUACCUACUUCAUCGAACUCAAAUGUGCAAAACUCUACACCAUCUAUUCAUGUGCUAGAACCUGAUGAGCUUGAGGAUUUCUCACCUUCAGUUCUGGAUCCUGUUUCGAUCUCUGCAUCUAAGCGAGCUGUGAAUUCCUUGCUUCUUUCUGAGCUCUUAGAACAGUUGAGAGGCUGGAUGGAGACAACCUCUGGUGUUCGAGCUAUUCCCGUCAUGCAACUUUUCUACAGGCUAUCUUCUGCUGUUGGUGGACCUUUUAUACACAGUUCAAACCCUGAAAGCUUAGAUCUGGAGAAACUGAUUAAGUGGUUUCUGGAUGAGAUUAAUCUUAAGAAACCAUUUGUGGCCAGAAAUCGAUCUUCUUGUGGUGAAAUCACAAUCCUAGUCUUUAUGUUCUUUACCUUAAUGCUAAGAAACUGGCACCAGCCUGGUAGCGAUGGCUCUGUUCCGAAAUCUGGUGGAUCAUCUGAUGCACUUGAUAAAAGUUAUACUCAGAAUCCGUUGUCUGCUUCAAUUGCUGCUUCAUUAUCUUCAAACAUGCAAGAUAAGAAUGACUUUGCUUCGCAGCUGCUGAGAGCUUGUAAUAUUCUUCGCCAACAAUCUUUUGUUAAUUAUCUCAUGGAUAUCUUGCAGCAGUUAGUUUAUGUUUUCAAGUCAUCAGCUGGUAAUCUUGAAAGUUCAUCUAAUUCACACCCUGGUUCUGGGUGUGGGGCUCUUUUAAGUGUUCGGAGAGAGCUACCAGCAGGCAAUUUUUCUCCUUUCUUUUCUGAUUCUUAUGCAAAAGCCCACAGAGCAGACCUAUUUGCUGACUACCAUAGACUUUUGUUGGAAAACACUUUUCGGUUGGUCUACAGUCUGGUUCGCCCUGAAAAGCACGACAAAACUGGGGAAAAAGAGAAGGUGUACAAGAUGUCUUCCAGCAAAGACUUGAAGUUAGAAGGAUACCAAGAUGUUCUUUGUAGUUAUAUAAAUAAUCCACAUACAACGUUUGUUAGAAGGUAUGCAAGAAGACUCUUUUUGCACUUAUGUGGAAGCAAGUCUCAUUAUUACAGUGUUCGGGACUCCUGGCAGUUCUCAAGUGAACUUAAGAGGUUGCACAAACAUGUUAACAAGACGAGUGGGUUUCAGAAUCCUGUACCAUAUGAGAGAAGUGUUAAAAUUAUCAAAUGCUUGUGCACCAUGGCUGAGGUUGCUGCUGCACGUCCUAGAAACUGGCAGAAGUAUUGUUUGAGGCAUGCAGAUGUUUUGCCACUUUUGUUGAAGUGGAUAUUCUAUCUUGGAGAGGAAUCUGUUAUCCAGACACUUAAACUCCUGAAUCUAGCUUUUUAUACUGGAAAGGAUAUGAACAUUUCUUCUCAGAAAGGUGAAUCAGGGGAUGCUUCAGUGGGCUCAAUAAAAUCAGCUGCUCAGCCACAGGAUUCGAAGAAGAAAAAGAAAGGAGAUGAUGGUCUGGAGUCUAGUUCUGAAAAAUCUUGCUUGGACAUGGAAGUGGCUGUCAACAUCUUCACUGAGAAGGAUGGUGAAGUCUUGAGGCAGUUCAUUGAUUGCUUCCUGCUGGAGUGGAAUUCGAGUGCUGUUCGCUCUGAAGCAAAGUGUGUUCUUCACGGCAUCUGGCAGCAUGGGAAGCAGUUGUUCAAGGAGAAUAUGUUAAAGGUGCUUUUUGAGAAAGUGAAGUGUUUGCCGAUGUAUGGACCAAACGUUGCUGAAUAUACGGAAUUGCUGACAUGGUUGCUGGGCAAGGUCCCUGAUGUCAGCUCAAAGCAGCUAAAUGCUGAACUUUUAGAUAAAUGUUUGACUUCUGAUGUCAUCCAGUGCUUCUAUGAGACUCUUCAUAUGCAGAAUGAACUACUGGCUAAUCAUCCCAAUUCUCGUAUAUACAACACAUUGAGUGGUCUUGUAGAGUUUGAUGGAUAUUAUCUUGAGAGUGAGCCUUGUGUUUCUUGUAGCUCUCCUGAGGUGCCCUACAGCAGGAUGAAGCUGGAGAGCCUAAAAUCUGAGACCAAGUUCACCGACAACCGUAUAAUAGUAAAAUGUACGGGCAGCUACACCAUCCAAUCGGUUACGAUGAAUGUUCAUGAUGCUCGUAAGUCCAAAUCUGUGAAGGUUCUGAACUUGUAUUACAAUAACAGGCCUGUAACGGACUUAUCGGAGUUGAAAAAUAAUUGGUCUUUGUGGAAGCGUGCCAAAAGUUGCCACCUCGCAUCUAAUCAGACAGAGCUGAAAGUGGAUUUCCCUAUUCCUAUUACUGCUUGCAAUUUCAUGAUUGAACUUGAUUCGUUCUACGAAAAUCUUCAGGCUUCAUCAAUGGAGCCUUUGCAAUGCCCAAGAUGCAGCCGGCCUGUCACUGACCGCCAUGGCAUUUGCGGCAACUGCCAUGAGAAUGCAUAUCAAUGCAGGCAAUGCCGUAACAUCAACUAUGAGAAUCUGGACUCAUUUCUGUGUAAUGAAUGUGGUUACAGCAAAUAUGGCCGUUUUGAGUUUAACUUCAUGGCAAAGCCUAGCUUUACUUUUGAUAACAUGGAAAAUGAUGAAGAUAUGAAGAGAGGACUUGCAGCAAUAGAAUCUGAAUCAGAAAAUGCUCACAGGAGAUAUCAACAGCUUUUAGGGUUCAAAAAACCUUUACUAAAGAUUGUAUCCAGCAUUGGUGAGAGUGACAUAGACUCACAGCAAAAGGAUUCUGUCCAGCAGAUGAUGGUUUCAUUGCCUGGACCUUCUUGUAAGAUUAACCGUAAAAUUGCACUUCUUGGUGUACUUUAUGGCGAAAAGUGCAAGGCAGCCUUUGAUUCUGUGAGCAAAAGCGUCCAGACUCUGCAAGGUCUUCGUCGGGUUCUGAUGAAUUAUUUGCACCAAAAACACUAUGCUAACACUACAGAAGCUUCAAGAUUUGUGGUGUCCAGGUCCCCAAGAAGUUGCUAUGGUUGUGCUACCACAUUUGUUGUUCAGUGUCUUGAGGUAUUGCAAGUCCUAUCAAAGCAUCCCAGUUCUAAGAAACAGCUUGUUGCAUUGGGAAUCUUAACGGAAUUGUUUGAGAAUAACAUUCAUCAAGGUCCAAAGUCUGCUCGCUCACAAGCAAGAGCUGUUCUUUGUGCUUUUUCAGAGGGCGAUGUGAAUGCUGUCAGUCAGUUGAAUAAUCUGAUACAGAAGAAAGUUUUGUACUGCAUUGAACAUCAUCGAUCCAUGGACAUUGCUGUGGCCACCAGAGAAGAAAUGUUGUUGCUUUCAGAGGUUUGUUCGUCAACUGAUGAAUUUUGGGAGUCUAGGCUACGUGUUGUUUUUCAGUUGCUAUUUACCUCAAUAAAAGUGGGCUCAAAUCAUCCAGUCAUAUCAGAACAUGUGAUACUUCCUUGCCUGAGAAUUGUAUCUCAGGCUUGUACGCCUCCAAAACCUGACUUGCUGGAAAAAGAAACAGUCGGAAAGUCUUCUAAUAUUCAGCCUUCAAAAGAUGACAAUAGCUCAGAUGUUCCUAGUACCUUGGGUGCCCCAGCCAAUGGGAGCAAGUCUACACUAGAGUCAUCGGAGAGAAAUUGGAAUGGUUCACAGAAAACUCAAGACAUUCAAUUGUUGAGUUAUUCAGAAUGGGAAAGGGGAGCAUCAUAUCUUGAUUUUGUCAGGAGGCAGUGCAAAGUUUCACAGGCAUCCAGAGGUUCUGGUCACAAGUCAAGAUCUCAAAGGUCUGAUUUCUUAGCUUUGAAGUAUGGACUUAGAUGGAAACGCCGUGCUUGUUCUCGGAGUAACUUGUCAUCAUUUGAACUGGGAUCAUGGGUUUCAGGACUUAUAUUAAGUGCUUGUUCGCAAUCAAUAAGAUCAGAAAUGUGUAUGUUGGUUAACCUGCUCUGUGCUCAGAGUUCAACUAGACGGUUCCGCUUGUUGAACUUGUUAAUGGCAUGGUUGCCCUUGACUCUCUCCGCUGCUGAAAAUGCUGUGGAAUAUUUUGACUUGCUCUUCAAGAUGAUAGAGACAGAAGAUGCUCGCUUAUUCCUUACUGUCAGGGGAUGUUUGAGUACUAUAUCCAAGCUGAUUACCCAAGAAGUAAUAAAUAUAGAAUCCCUGGAGAGGAGUCUGCAUAUUGAUAUUUCACAAGGGUUCAUACUUCACAAAUUAAUAGAGCUUCUUGGAAAAUUUUUGGAGAUCCCAAAAAUUAGAGCAAGAUUUAUGCGAGACGACUUGCUCUCCGAAGUUUUGGAAGCCCUGAUUGUCAUUCGGGGAUUGGUGGUCCAAAAGACAAAGCUAAUUAGUGAUUGCAAUCGUCUGUUGAAAGAUCUUCUGGACAGUCUUCUGCAGGAAAGCAGUGAGAAUAAGCGACAAUUCAUACGUGCUUGUAUCUGUGGCCUGCAAAUUCACGGAGAUGAAAAGAAAGGACAAACUUCCUUGUUUAUCUUAGAGCAGCUUUGCAAUCUGAUCUGUCCAUCAAAACCAGAGUCUGUGUACUUGUUGAUUCUUAAUAAGGCCCACACUCAGGAAGAAUUUAUCAGGGGUUCCAUGACCAAAAAUCCCUAUUCCAGCGCUGAGGUUGGUCCUUUGAUGCGUGAUGUAAAAAAUAAAAUUUGCAAUCAGUUGGAUAUGGUCGGGCUUGUAGGGGAUGAUUAUGGAAUGGAAUUGCUAGUUGCUGGGAAUAUUAUUUCUCUAGAUCUGAGCGUUUCACAAGUUUAUGAGCAAGUGUGGAAGAAGGCCAAUGUUCAAUCUUCAAAUACUGUAACUAGUGCGACUAUGAUACCCACUGGUGCUACUGCUUCUACAAGGGAUUGUUCUCCUAUGAUAGUGACAUACCGUCUUCAGGGAUUGGAUGGUGAAGCCACAGAGCCAAUGAUUAAAGAGCUGGAUGAAGAUAGAGAGGAGUCUCAAGAUCCAGAGGUUGAAUUUGCAAUAGCAGGUGCAGUUAGGGAGUAUGGAGGGCUGGAAAUCAUAUUGGACAUGAUUAAGCGCUUGCGAGAUGAUCUGAAGUCCAACCAUGAGCAGUUGACUGUAGUGCUCAAUCUUCUGAUGCAUUGCUGUAAGAUAAGGGAAAAUAGACGAGCCUUAUUAAAAUUGGGAGCUUUAGGUCUACUACUUGAAACAGCAAGACGUGCUUUCUCUGUUGAUGCUAUGGAGUCUGCUGAAGGCAUCCUUUUGAUUGUUGAAGCACUGACCUUGGAGGCUAAUGAGAGUGAUAAUAUUAACAUUACACAGGGUGGUCUUACCAUCACUAGUGAGGAGAGUGGUGCUGGUGAACAGGCCAAGAAGAUUGUACUAAUGUUCUUGGAACGAUUAUCUCAUACCUCUGGCCUGAAGAAAUCAAGUAAACAACAAAGAAACACUGAGAUGGUGGCUAGAAUAUUGCCUUAUUUGACCUACGGUGAACCUGCAGCCAUGGAAGCUCUUGUCCAGCAUUUUGAUCCUUAUUUACAGAAUUGGACAGAAUUUGACAAGCUACAAAAGCAGCAUGAAGACAAUCCAAAAGAUGAGAGCAUUGCACAGCAAGCUGUAAAUCAGAGGUUUGCAGUGGAGAACUUUGUCAGGGUCUCCGAGUCUCUCAAAACAAGCUCUUGUGGUGAGCGGUUGAAGGAUAUUGUACUGGAGAGGGGGAUUACCGAAGUUGCAGUUCAGCACCUUAGAGAGAUAUUUGCAGUUGCUGGGCUUCCUGGCUAUAAAUCUAUGGAAGAGUGGACACUGGGUUUGCAACUUCCUUCUGUUCCACUUAUCUUAUCUAUGCUAAGAGGAUUAUCCAUGGGUCACUUGACCACUCAAAAUUGUAUUGAUGUCGGAGGCAUCCUGCCUUUGCUCCAUGCAUUGGAAGGAGUAUCAGGGGAGAACGAGAUUGGGGCAAGAGCUGAGAAUUUACUGGAUACACUAUCUGACAAAGAGGGGAAUGGAGACGGAUUCUUAAGUGAGAAAAUUCUUAAGUUACGGCAUGCCACUAAGGAUGAGAUGAGACGCCGUGCUCUUAGGAAAAGGGAAGAAUUGCUGCAGGGACUAGGAAUGCGGCGGGAGUUAUCUUCUGAUGGUGGAGAGCGUAUAGUUGUUUCUCGACCAAAUCUUGAAGGUUUGGAAGAUGUGGAGGAAGAAGAAGAUGGCCUAGCAUGUAUGGUAUGCAGAGAGGGUUACAGUUUGAGGCCCAAUGAUCUGCUGGGACUUUACACCUACAGCAAGCGGGUAAACCUAGGUGUUGGUACUUCAGGGAGUGAUAGAAGAGAGUGUGUCUACACAACUGUGAGUCAUUUCAACAUUAUUCAUUUUCAGUGUCAUCAGGAAGCUAAAAGAGCAGAUGCUGCUCUAAAGAAUCCCAAGAAAGAGUGGGAAGGGGCUACCCUCAGGAACAAUGAGACUCUUUGUAAUGCAUUGUUUCCUAUUAGAGGCCCCGCUGUUCCAUUGGGUCAAUAUGUUCGCUAUGUUGACCAGUACUGGGAUAAUCUGAAUGCUCUGGGACGUGCUGAUGGAAGUCGCCUUCGGUUGUUGAUGUAUGACAUUGUUCUGAUGCUGGCCCGUUUUGCAACAGGAGCAUCUUUCAGUUCUGACUGCAAAGGUGGUGGGAAAGAGAGCAACUCCAAAUUUCUGCCUUUUAUGAUCCAGAUGGCUCGUCACCUGCUAGAUCAAGGCAGCGGUUCUCAGCGUCGAUCAAUGGCAAGGACAAUCUCGACAUAUCUCACCUCAUCCUCAGAUUCUCGACCUUCGCCCUCAUCUCCAUUGCAGCCUUCUUCUGGUGGAACUGAAGAAACUGUACAAUUCAUGAUGGUGAGCUCUCUCCUUACUGAGUCCUAUGACUCUUGGCUCCUACACCGACGUGCCUUCAUUCAGCGAGGGAUCCACCACGCAUACAUGCAACAUGCACACAGCAAAUCUCUGCCCAGAGGAUCGGGGUCAACGAAAUCGGAAAUAUCAAGCACGAGCGGUAGCGAUGCUCUACUGCCCAUCAUUCAACCCAUGCUUGUCUACACAGGUCUAAUCGAACAACUCCAUCAAUUUUUCAAACCCAGAAAGUCCACUGCUGGGGUAUCUUCUGAAGGUGAAGGAACAUCACAAGAAGGGGAUGAUGAGAAUGGCUGGGAGAGUUGGGAAGUAGUAAUGAAGGAGAAACUAUUGAAUAUGAAGGAGAUGAUCAGUCUUCCGAAGGAGCUUUUAUCAUGGUUGGAUGAUAUGAAUUCUGUUGGGGAUUUGCAGGAAGCCUUUGAUGUUAUUGGUGCCUUAGCAGAUGUGUUAUCCGGUGGGUUUAAAAGCUGUGAAGAAUUUGUGCAGGCAGCUAUAAAUGCAGGGAAGAGCUGAAGAUAAACGUAUAUAUCGGCAGAUUGUAUUUUUGAUGUACAAUUCAAGUGUUAAGAGUUCUAUUUUUCUGGGCUUUUGCUGUACAUUAUUACAAGUUCACGUCGAUUUUUGGUACAUUGAAUAAACUGCAUUUGAAUCUUUCAUCCUAUAAUCAAUGAAGUCUCAAUUUGCUGAGCUGAUUAUGGAAAAUCCCAUCUAUCAACCUUCCUGACUGUUGA